AUGAACGAUGGACAUGGUAGCUUUUCCACAACGCAGACGGCAAGAGGACCUGUGUUUAAGCAGUUUAAAAGCCAGGACUCCCCACAAAUUGGGUUAAUUUGCGCUUCCUUUGCCACAUGUAGAGAUACCUUCUGCCCAGAGUGGUCUCGUUGGCAAGCAGAGACUGGGAAGCAGGCCAAAGAGGCUCUGGUGUGUCGUCAUGACGAGGUGAUGCAACUUCAGACGGGCAAGCCACGGCUCUCGUCGCAAACUUCUGCGACGAUGAACACUGCCUGA